UCUUUCUCAGAUAUCAUACUCUCUCUCUCUCUCUCUCUCUCUCUCUCUCUCUCCCAUCCUCCAAUGGACGCCCCUCCACCUUCCCUCGACCCCCUCCACUGCCCCACCCACAAACCGCUCCCACCCGCCGCCGAUUCCACCCAAACCACCUCCAUCCCGCCACCGUCGAAACCCACCUCCACCAAAAACAAAACCAUAGCCAAAAAACUCAAAAACAAGAAAAAGCUCUCUGUAGACGGAUCCGAGGCGCCGUCGUCCUCAACGUCGUCGUAUUGUUCCUCCUCCACCUCCCAUCCGGUGCAGAGAGGUGUUCGGUUACGAAACCCUAGAGUCUUCAUCGGCUCGGCUCGGCAGAAGGAGGGCGAUGUCGAGGCGUUGGCUCUCCCUCUGGGAAUGUCCAUUGCCGCCGUUGUCGCUCAGGUCUUGGAAAGGAAGAAUACUACGGGGGGAGCAAUUGCAGUUGAUCAUCUUUCUGAGAUCUGCACUUUGGCUGUCAGAGAAUCUUUAGCCAAUGUCUUCGGUGACAAGUUUGAUUCGUUUGUGAAGAACUUUGAGAAGUCCUUCCGGAGCACCUUGAUGACUCUUAGAUUAAUUAAUGAGUCUUCUCAAAGUGGCAGAGAACACCAAAGACAUUUAAACAGAGAAAGCAAUUAUUUUUCAGAUCUGACUGCUCAAGUAUCUCGCAACGACGAACAUUGUCUUACAUGCACUUCUGGUGUAAGAUCUUGUCAGCCAGAAACAGUUGGGCCCACUAUCAGUUCCGAGGAGCAUUUUGGCAUUCUAGGAGAGACAGAGCAAAAUACAAGAUCAGGUUUACUAAACCGGGAGCUGGCUUUGAAUGGUGGAGAAAUUAACCAACAGUUGGCUUGUGUUUCAAGUUCCCAGUCUAUGUUUAGUACUUUUGAGAGAUCUGUGAUUGAACGAACUCGUUCUAACGACCUCAAGACGUUUGAGAUUGGUCUCAUCAUGAAAAAAUUGCAGAUGAAAGAGAAACAGCUCAAUCUCCACUCUGAUUUAAAUUUCUUGGAGAGGUGUAAAUUAUCUAUGGGUAUAAAAAGGGCGUCCUUCAAAGCCGAGAAAUUCAAAACUGAAUUAGAAGAAACAAGACAUGCUGAGCUGCUUAAAAAGUGCACAGACUGUCUUGUUGCUGGCUUGCUCAUCAUGUUGGCAUCAAUUGGAUAUGGAACGUAUGUUUAUUCACACAGCAGGAUAACUGAAGCUACUGCAUCCUGUAUGCCUUCCGAGGAAUCCAAUUCAUGGUGGGUCCCAAAGCACGUGUCAUCAUUCAAUUCAGGGCUCAAGUUCGUAUCGUGUUAUCUUCAAGUUUUGAGCCGUGUAAUAUUCGGCUUGUUCAUGAUCUUGGCAAUCGCUUAUUUACUUCUCCUACGGUCGUCCGUUUCAAGUCAAACAAUGCCAGUCACAUUCAUCCUCAUGCUAGGAGUCGCCUGUGGUUUUGCCGGCAAGCUUUGCAUAGAUACAUUGGGAGGGAGUGGAUACCACUGGCUCUUGUAUUGGGAAGUACUAUGCCUUUUGCAUUUCUUUUCAAGUGUUCGUACCUCAGAUUUGUUUCACGUCCUCUAUGGGCCCAUUAGUUUGUCUCACGGGGGAGCAAUGGAGAAGACAAUGUUUCCGUACUGGAUUAGGCGAUUUUUUUUCUACGCCUUUGUGCUUCUGCUUCUGCCAAUGAUAUGUGGACUAGUACCUUUUGCCAGCCCUGCUGAGUGGAAAGAUCACUUAUCAUUAAAGGUGAUGGAUUUGUUGCAACCUACAAGCGAAUGGGACUGAAGCUUGGUGGUCUGGCAAAAAGAGCCUAUUCCAUUUUGACUGUCAAGUGAACGGUUACCUUUUGCCAGCCCUGCUGAAUGGAAAGAUUACUCUGCGUCAGGGGCGACAGUUUCUUGCAAACUAUGAGUGAUUGGAACUGAAGCUUCUUGUUGUGAUAAAAAAAAGCCCAAUCAAGUAAAUUAUUUUCUCUUUGUAUUGUUAUUCUGUAUUUUAGACUCAACGCGCAUUAUACUAGGUGAAGACAAGCGUAUUGAUCUGACUCGAAUUAUUGUGCUUGGUUUUUUUCAGAGGUUAUUUAUUGUACUUCCACAUUUGGAGUGUAAAUUGGGUUUUCUCGUUCAGGGGAAAAAAAUGAUGUUAGGGUAAGUUGUACUGGGUUAGUGAUCUAACAUUAAGUUGAGAAUUUGUUUGUAAUAUAUAAGCAGAACUCUUUGCUUGAUUUAUAUAGCUCUCUGAGCACCAGUUAUUGAA